AUGGCUUCGUCGCUAACACAUCACUUCACUGCUUAUUGCUCUCAUCACUUUGCUGCUCUCCCCCCUGAAUGUUGCUGUGCGAGAAGCAUUAGCCUGUUCAACUUCGACUCGAAGGUUCUUUUAGCCACACUUCCAUAUCAACCAUUGGGUUCAUCUGAUUUUUCUCUCCCAUAUCCGUAUUCAAUUAUUCUAGAUCCGACUGCACGCACAGCACAUAAGCUUGCCGUUCAUGGCACCGAUGAUGUUCGGAGGAUGCAUGCACAAGAUCUGAUUUCCAUUCCGUCUCGUCCUUCUGUCGCCCUUCCUCUCCCCCAUCACAUCGCCCUUCCUCUCUCCCAUCUCUAUGCCAUUCCUCUUUUCCAUCUCUAUGCCCUUCCUCUCCCCCAUCUCUACACCCUUCCUCUCUCCCAUAUCUACGCCCUUCCUCUCUCCCAUCUCUACGCCCUUCCUCUCUCCCAUCUCGUCGCCCUCCCAUUUCUCGUCCCCUCGCCAUCGACAUCUCUCACCCUUUCCCCUCGCCCUCCCUUUCCUCCCGUCGCCCUCCCGUUCUCGUCGCCCUCCGUUCAGAUCGCCUUCGCGAUCUGCUCUCCCAUCCCCUUGCCCUCGUGUUUCCCAUCGCCCUCCAUUCAGAUCGCAUUCGCGAUCUGCUCUCCCAUCCCGUCGCCCUUCCGUUUCCCGUCGCCCCCACGAUCUCACCUCCCAUCGCCUCACGAUGUAUGUCCCCCGUUCGGGACACGGGAGGAGUCCUCCCGAUCUCACUUCCCAUCGCAUCACGGGAGGAGUCCUCCCCUCGCCCUCACGAUCCCCCUCAGGGAAGGGAGGCUUCCCUUCCCCUCGCCGUCGCCACGAUCUCCCUUCUCGUUGCCCCACUUUCUCUCCUUCUAUUCCUCUCUCCCCUGCCCUCCCAUGGCCUUCCACUUCGUCGCCAGCGCACCGUUCCUCUCUCUCCCAUCACCCUCUUUCUCUUCAUUCGCAUCACCUUGCCCUUCAGGAUUUUCCUCCAUUCCCCGUUGUUGUUGUCUCACAGGCCCCAAGUCCAAGGCAGCACAUUGCUAG